UUCAUUCUCCUCUUCUAUUGGUUGAUGUGAUCUUCUUUUCUGAUUCUCACAUGACUCUCUCUCUCUCUCUACACGACAUAAUAAAAGACUCACCUUUCUGUGAUCUCCUAUCUCGUGAUAUUUCUUUUUUCUUGAUUAUUUGGCCUUUUCAUUGUGAACAGAAAACGUUUUCGCUUUUCAUUGUGAGUAUCUGCACUAAUAAUCAGUUUCAAAUCUUCUUGUAUGUUUCCGAGGCUACAUAUCAAUGAUACCGAUAAAGGAGGUCCAAGGCCACCUCCCAGGAACAAAAUGGCUCUUGUAAGUACAGCAUUUUAAUGUUCGAAUAACCUGAAUUGAUUCUCCAUCCUUGGAUUGAAGCACAUUGUUGAGUCGAUUAUACAACCUUUGGUUGGUAAAUUGUUUAUAGAGGUUGAUUGCAAUUACAAAACUCCGUUUUCUCCAUUCUGCAAUUCAUCUGAGUCUACUCAUUUUGUUGAGAUGAUUCUCCCAUAUUCUUCUAGUGGAACGAAUUGUACGACGAGACAUCCUGAUGUACAACAACUGAAGCCUCUAAAUCAUCAGGCUUUAUGUCCUAAUCCUUCUCAACCACACAGUUUAUCCCCAUAUAGUGUCGUGGAAUUGAUUGGACCGAAACUAUUCUGGAUAGCAAGAAGAACCAUAGUGCAUCGGCAGCGGAUCUUGGCGAUACAAGUGUUUGAACUACACAGGCUAAUAAAGGUGCAGAAGUUGAUCGCCGCAUCACCAGAUAUAUUAUUUGAAAACAACUUCUAUCUCACCCAACCUUCUAUCAGAUCUUCAAUGAAAAAGUUGCUAUCCAAUAAUGUUCACGAACCUUCUGCAGUGGCUGUUAAAGCAAAGGUUGAUCCUCCGAAACCUAUAACUUUUGAGCAUUCAGCGGAUAAUAAUGCUCACGAAAAUCUGCUUACUCUCGAUAAUGAAAAUGAUAAAAGACACAUACCACAGCAGGCAACUCAAAAUUCAUACGUAGGGACAACAACAUCAAGAUCUGUUGCUUCUGAUUCCAAAUUAGCGCCUCGGUGCUACCAAUUACCACUUCCUGGAAAUCAGUGGUUAGUUCCAAUAAGGUCACCUUCUGAAGGACUUGUUUACAAACCCUAUACCGGACCUUGUCCUCCCCCUGCUGGUCUCGUGGCAUCAACUUAUGGUAAUUUCACGCCUGUGAACUUGUCUGCUGUUCGAGGAGACUUUUCAAAGUUUCAAAGUCAAGUAGUUGAGGAUCACAAUACCGAGCAGCGAAUUCAAGUGAUUAAGGUUGUGCCUCACAACCCUAAGACAGCACCUGAAUCAGCAGCUCGGAUAUUUAGGUCCAUACAGGAAGAAAGGAAACUACAUUUCAGCCUUACCUUAUAAGGAAUAGGCCGUUUAUGCUAUUACUAUAUGUUUUCCUUUUCUAUUUCCUUCAUCAUUUCUUUUAACAAAAGACUACUGUAAAUGCAUUCAAUUGAAAGCAAUAGAAGUUAACUUCAUUCUUUUGUAUCA